ACACACGCUGAGGUGUUUUCUGCAGAAAAUGGGCCUUGCACACGAGACCCAGUGCGAGUUGUGAUGUUUUUCCGGGAAGAUGCAUCCGAGGAGAACGUUUGCUGAGUUGUUGAAGUGAUGAAGAAGAGGGAGAAGCUUUCAUCCGCAUUGGCUUCGAUACACACACACACACACACAUGCCAUCAGUGGGGCGAGCGCGGUUCUUUCUCUGAUUAGCAGGAUGAGGAGGAUCCCAGCGGGUGUAUGAAGAGUAAGAACAAUAAUAACAUUAAUAACAGGGACUCGAACAUUUCCUCGGCUCGCCUCGGUCUACUCUAUGUAGCCAAACAUGUUCAAGUACCGGAUCCGCAUGUUUUUCAAUGAACUGAAGGUCCUGGUGUUUAUGCGAUCCGACUCGAGACAGGCAGACACAGAGAGACGCUCCACCAGCACCAGCCCCAUGCGCGGGCUGGGGAUGGGCGGCUGCGGCUGGCCCCCGUUCGUCGACUGCCAUUCCCGGGACGACGAGGAGGAGUACUACGGCAGCGACCCGCGGCCCCGGAGCCUGGCGUUCGAGGACAAGGAGCCCAAGCUGCAAGUGGACGCGGUGUCUCUGGCCAGCACGACCAGCAGCCAGCGGACCCCCCAGUGCCGGAUCUGCUUCCAGGGCCCAGAGCAGGGGGAGCUGCUGAGCCCCUGCCGCUGUGACGGCUCGGUGCGCUGCACCCACCAGCCCUGCCUCAUCCGCUGGAUCAGCGAGAGGGGCUCCUGGAGCUGUGAGCUGUGCUACUUCAAGUACCAGGUCCUGGCCAUCAGCACCAAGAACCCUCUGCAGUGGCAGGCCAUUUCUCUGACCGUGAUCGAGAAGGUGCAGAUAGCCGCCAUCAUCCUGGGUUCCCUGUUCCUCAUCGCCAGCAUCUCCUGGCUCAUCUGGUCCUCCCUCAGCCCCUCGGCCAAGUGGCAGCGCCAGGACCUGCUCUUCCAGAUCUGCUACGGCAUGUACGGCUUCAUGGACAUCGUCUGCAUAGGCCUCAUCAUCCACGAGGGAUCCUCAGUGUAUCGGAUCUUCAAACGAUGGCAGGCUGUUAAUCAGCAGUGGAAAGUUCUGAACUAUGAGAAAUCCAAGGACUUGGGCGACCCGCUGAGCUCCAGCAAGGCGGCGAACCGCGGCUCUCGCGGGAACCCUCACGGCCUGGCCAGCAGCAGCGGCGGGCGACAGAGCAGGAGGCUAAGAACUAUUCUGAACCACCACUGUGGCUACACCAUCCUGCACAUCCUGAGCCAGCUGAGGCCCCACGACCCGCGGAUCAGCGCCGCCGCCAGCCGGGAGGUGGUGAUGAGGGUCACCACGGUAUGAGCCGGGCCCUGCAGAGGGACACACCUCAUCUCCGAGUGCAGAUGUAAAUGAGCUGAUAUUGAAUGAUACAGACUGAGGCAGGCGACGGUUCCUGAGAGGAGCCGAGCGAGGCCCCGAGCAUCAACACACAACUCACCGGAGGAUCUCUCCUCUGGUUCAGUACAACAAAAGGAAGCCAGAUGCUCCUUCUCAAUAAUUAAAGAACUGAUGAAAAUCAGGACGAAAAAGAAUCAAAGACAUCAAAGGAGAAUCGUGAGGAGGGAAAACAGUGUGAACGGGUUUUAUAACCGAACACGAGACGAUGCCAGGACUUUUCCAGUUUCAAUAUCAGGAUGCACAGACAUUUUUCUUUUUCUUUAUGAUCCUUUUGCUUUGAUUUGUACUUCCUCUUUUUUUGUUGUGUUUUUUUACUCACUUUGAUUUUGUACGGAUGUUUGAUUCUAGAGGAAAUCGUGAAACACAGACAUACAUUUCCAGACGACUAUGUUUAAUGAUCUUUACAAAUUUCUACAAGCUAAUCGAUGCUGGUGAAUAAAAGACCGAAAACUGAAACCAACCAACAAACACGAGGCGAACACCGAGGAGGCGACGGAACAAUAAGUCAUUACAAGUUAAAGAAAAAAAGGAAAACAUAAAAAAGACACAAAAUAAAAAAGAGAAAUCGGUGAGAUUUCAGUGACACUUAAACCUUUCUGCAAUAAAGAAGCGUAUGUACAUUUCACAGGGGAAUUUUGCAUGGGUAUAUCAUUUUAUUCUUCAUCACAUAACAGAAGCACAUGACAGAUUUGCUCUACUUCGAAUGGUGCUUGCCAAAAUAAACACUUUGAAAACAUCUGACGUCAUCGCACCAACUUUUUGUCGACGUGACAAGCGGCAGCGUGUGUUCAGGCUCUUUCGGCUCCGAUGCAGAUUGUUUGCUGCCGUUUGCUGAUUCAGAAAAACUAUUGGAUUAAAAACGGGGAUCGGAGGAUCUCGUGAUAAUCAGUCUCCCUCGGUCUCUUCUUUCCUGUGGCUCAGAGCAUGUGAGGUGUGACUGUGAGCUCCUGUGGUUUCAGGAUAUUAAAUCUCCCUCUGUUUAUUCAAAUAUGUCUGUGGACAUGUUUCCUGACUGGAACUGUCCCUCAGGUGGAGGACACCCAGACGUCCUUUGAUCAGAUCAAAGCUGCAACAGAUAGAGUUCAUUCAUCGAUUUGUGGAUCCACAGAUAAUUAACCAGCAGCCACUUGAAUCAUUCAGUUGUUUUGGUGAUUUUGAGGAGAUUGAACCUCAAGUCCUCCGGCUGCAGCUCCGGUGAUGAUCUGCAGAUUUUAUAUCAUCAGAAACUACACAUUUAUAGGUUUAAGUCGCUUCUACUUGUAUAAAAGUACUUGCUUCUACAUGUACUUGGAGUAUUAAAAGCUAAAGUACUCGCUGAGUGCAGCCUCUUCCCUGAUGUGACAGUCUAAUACAUCAUUAUAGUUUCUGCUUCUUCUGCUUCGACUUCAAGUGUAGAAAUAAAACUAGUGAGCAUCAACAUGACUCAACAGUGAGAUGAGAAACGUGUUUAACCUGCAACCACACAACCAGGAGGCUCAGAGGAGGAGGUGCUCGGUGUGAGAGGCUGAGCUCCAUGUAGUGUUUGAAUCCAUCACUGCAGGAGAUGAGCAGCUCCUGGUUUGUGUUGCUCAGUGAAGAACAAACUCGGCCUCUGACGCCACCUAGUGGUUGCUCGUGUUGCUCAGUGUGAAACCAUCUUCUCUGUUUGUUGGACAUGAAAACAAAACACACACGUUCCUCUGCAGCUAGAGGGCGCUGUA